AUGGCUCCACGACUACAACUCCCGCGACAGAUGUCGAGAAAUAUGCUACUCGGUUCUCGAAAUGCUUUUCCCGGCUCAAUCUCUUGCAGGGCUGCGUCCUCUCUCAGCCGAGUAUCGCAAUCCAAUGGCUGUCUGAGAACAACUACACAGACCACCGUCAUGAGCUCGCACGUUCCAUUGAGACAAACUAUUGCGCUUUCGAAAACGCCGCUGUUUAUGGGCACUCAGCGACGAACUUACGCGGAUUCGAUUGUCAAGGUACCACAGAUGGCCGAGUCGAUAUCGGAAGGAACAUUAAAACAGUUUUCAAAAAAGAUCGGCGAGUAUGUUGAACGAGACGAGGAACUUGCAACUAUAGAAACAGACAAGAUCGAUAUCACCGUCAACGCUCCAGAGGCUGGCACGAUCAAAGAGUUCCUUGCCAGCGAGGAGGACACCGUUACUGUUGGUCAAGAUCUCGUGAAGCUGGAGACCGGCGGAGCCGCUCCUGAGAAACCCAAAGAAGAAAAGCCAGAAGCAAAAUCAGAGGCUGCUCCCUCCCCACCACAAUCACCACCGAAGCAAGAAGAAAAGGCAGCUCCUCCUCCUCCACCAAAGCCAGAGCCCACCGCCCAGACCGCCCCAAGGAAGCUCAUCCAACGUUCCAAACGCAGGCAUCCCAGCCAGCCCCUGGAAACCGAGAAGAGCGCAGAGUAA